UGAUCCAAUCCCACAUAAUCCAUUCCAAAGUUCAUAACAAAAAAGGAAAAGAAAAGAACAAGACGGAAAUGGAUUUGGGAAAACUUUCGAGUGCAAACUCCAUGGACGAACAAUUCGAAUUCCUGGAAAUCGAAGACGGAGAAGAACUCUUGGGUCUCACACACUGGGAAUUCAUCGACGCCUCCGAUGCCGACUCAGAGCAAAACCACCACCACCACCACCGCUCCGACUCCGAACAAACCGAUAAAGACGAAGAAGCAAAUCGGUUUGAUAGGCUUAUCAUUGGGCCCGCUUCAUUUUCCCCUUCGGUCCCUCCGCCGGUGGCCGAUCCGAUCCCCGCCCACCGUCAUCGCCGCCCCCGUCUCGUCCGAUUUGUGGAUGUGGGUCUCAAUCUCAAACUCCAUAGCCAUUGGGACGACAGCGGCAAUGAGGAUGAGGGCCAUGGUGAGGAGGAGGAGGAGGAGGAGGAGGAUGAUGAUGGGUAUGGAUUAGACGACGAGCUGGUGCCGUUGUCAGUGAGCGACAAGUUGGGGCGGCAGAGGAUGAGGAAAUUGGGGAAGAGGAUGUUACCGAAGAUGAACAAAUCGAAGCGGUCGCCGUACAUGGUUGCGAGGGCUGGCUGCAUUCGUGGGAAGCAUGGCCUGGGAUUGAAGCAUAUUUACUGACAAAGAAUGGAUAUUUGGAGAUUUGGGUAUCUUUUUACAACUGGGUUUAGAUGUAAUUAAAAUAUAAAUUUGUAGUUGGGUGGACCAAGUCUUAUGUUAAUUAGGUAAACAUGGGGGUUCGGUUUUAUGUUCAUUUUGUGUCUCUGUCUGACUUAUGAUGUUUCAUCAUCUUUUUAGAAUCUAAUAUAUGUAGUUGAUGACGUGAUUGUUUAUUUGUUCUACAUUGCUUCUU